ACGGCGGCGGUGGCCGAGGCGCGGGGAUGGCGGGCGCCGGGGGCGAGGCCCGCUUCGCUGGGCUGUCGCUGAGGCAGCUCAACGAGCUGCUGGAGGACGAGGGGCAGCUAGCGGAGAUGGUGCAGAAGAUGGAGGAGACACAGAGUGUGCAGCUUAACAAAGAAAUGACCCUCGCCAGCAACCGGAGCCUGGCAGAAGGGAACUUACUGUACCAGCCGCGACUGGACGCUCUGAAAGCAAGUCUGACCCAGAGAUACCAGGAACUCCAGGUGCUCUUUGAAGCCUAUCAGAUAAAGAAGACCAAACUAGAUAAACAGUCGAACAACGCCUCCGUGGAGACUCUGCUGGCGCUUCUUCAAGCCGAAGGGGCCAAGAUUGAGGAAGAUACGGAGAACAUGGCGGAGAAGUUUCUUGACGGAGAGCUUCCUCUAGACUCCUUCAUGGACGUCUAUCAGAGUAAGCGGAAGCUGGCCCACAUGCGGAGAGUUAAAAUCGAGAAACUCCAGGAGAUGGUGCUGAAGGGGCAGGGACUCCCGCAGGCCCCGGCCCCGCUGCCGCCCAGGGUGCCCACGCCUGCCGCCCCCCUGCCCUACCUGGCCCCCGAGGCCAGCAGGCCGCUCCCUGUGGCGCCACGGCGCGUCCCCCCUCCGCCGCCCCCGGUGCCGACAGGACGCUUGGCCACCCCGUUCACAGCUGCCGCAGGCUUGGGACAGGCCCUUCCAUACCCCGGAUUGCAGUGCCCUCCGCUGCCACCCCGAGCGGGCCUCCCGUCCUCCGGCUUUGCCCCCCAGCAGGGCUUCUCCGCAGAGUUGAUGUCGUCGUACCCGCCGGCCCUGCCUCAGCGGCCACCACCCCGGCUGCCCCCACACCAGCCGGGCUUCAUCCUCCAGUGAGCGCCCGUUCCCCCGAGACUUGCCCGGCGGCAGCGGUGGGCCUUUGCGCACACGCGCUUACGGGAGGGCGCGUCGCUGGGCGCGGGUCCCGGCCGCUGUGGCCGUCCAGUGUCA